AUGGGUUGCUUCGAGCAGGCGUCUGCCACCGCCAAGGAGGGUGGCAAAGGUGGCACCUUGGACAGGAAGUCGGGUAACUACAGUCUGUUGAAUAUGGGUUGCUUCGAGCAGGCGUCUGCCACCGCCAAGGAGGGUGGCAAAGGUGGCACCUUGGACAGGAAGUCGGGUAACUACAGUCUGUUGAAUAUGGGUUGCUUCGAGCAGGCGUCUGCCACCGCCAAGGAGGGUGGCAAAGGUGGCACCUUGGACAGGAAGUCGGGUAACUACAGUCUGUUGAAUAUGGGUUGCUUCGAGCAGGCGUCUGCCACCGCCAAGGAGGGUGGCAAAGGUGGCACCUUGGACAGGAAGUCGGGUAACUACAGUCUGUUGAAUAUGGGUUGCUUCGAGCAGGCGUCUGCCACCGCCAAGGAGGGUGGCAAAGGUGGCACCUUGGACAGGAAGUCGGGUAACUACAGUCUGUUGAAUAUGGGUUGCUUCGAGCAGGCGUCUGCCACCGCCAAGGAGGGUGGCAAAGGUGGCACCUUGGACAGGAAGUCGGGUAACUACAGUCUGUUGAAUAUGGGUUGCUUCGAGCAGGCGUCUGCCACCGCCAAGGAGGGUGGCAAAGGUGGCACCUUGGACAGGAAGUCGGGUAACUACAGUCUGUUGAAUAUGGGUUGCUUCGAGCAGGCGUCUGCCACCGCCAAGGAGGGUGGCAAAGGUGGCACCUUGGACAGGAAGUCGGGUAACUACAGUCUGUUGAAUAUGGGUUGCUUCGAGCAGGCGUCUGCCACCGCCAAGGAGGGUGGCAAAGGUGGCACCUUGGACAGGAAGUCGGGUAACUACAGUCUGUUGAAUAUGGGUUGCUUCGAGCAGGCGUCUGCCACCGCCAAGGAGGGUGGCAAAGGUGGCACCUUGGACAGGAAGUCGGGUAACUACAGUCUGUUGAAUAUGGGUUGCUUCGAGCAGGCGUCUGCCACCGCCAAGGAGGGUGGCAAAGGUGGCACCUUGGACAGGAAGUCGGGUAACUACAGUCUGUUGAAUAUGGGUUGCUUCGAGCAGGCGUCUGCCACCGCCAAGGAGGGUGGCAAAGGUGGCACCUUGGACAGGAAGUCGGGUAACUACAGUCUGUUGAAUAUGGGUUGCUUCGAGCAGGCGUCUGCCACCGCCAAGGAGGGUGGCAAAGGUGGCACCUUGGACAGGAAGUCGGGUAACUACAGUCUGUUGAAUAUGGGUUGCUUCGAGCAGGCGUCUGCCACCGCCAAGGAGGGUGGCAAAGGUGGCACCUUGGACAGGAAGUCGGGUAACUACAGUCUGUUGAAUAUGGGUUGCUUCGAGCAGGCGUCUGCCACCGCCAAGGAGGGUGGCAAAGGUGGCACCUUGGACAGGAAGUCGGGUAACUACAGUCUGUUGAAUAUGGGUUGCUUCGAGCAGGCGGCUGCCACCGCCAAGGAGGGUGGCAAAGGUGGCACCUUGGACAGGAAGUCGGGUAACUACAGUCUGUUGAAUAUGGGUUGCUUCGAGCAGGCGUCUGCCACCGCCAAGGAGGGUGGCAAAGGUGGCACCUUGGACAGGAAGUCGGGUAACUACAGUCUGUUGAAUAUGGGUUGCUUCGAGCAGGCGUCUGCCACCGCCAAGGAGGGUGGCAAAGGUGGCACCUUGGACAGGAAGUCGGGUAACUACAGUCUGUUGAAUAUGGGUUGCUUCGAGCAGGCGUCUGCCACCGCCAAGGAGGGUGGCAAAGGUGGCACCUUGGACAGGAAGUCGGGUAACUACAGUCUGUUGAAUAUGGGUUGCUUCGAGCAGGCGUCUGCCACCGCCAAGGAGGGUGGCAAAGGUGGCACCUUGGACAGGAAGUCGGGUAACUACAGUCUGUUGAAUAUGGGUUGCUUCGAGCAGGCGUCUGCCACCGCCAAGGAGGGUGGCAAAGGUGGCACCUUGGACAGGAAGUCGGGUAACUACAGUCUGUUGAAUAUGGGUUGCUUCGAGCAGGCGUCUGCCACCGCCAAGGAGGGUGGCAAAGGUGGCACCUUGGACAGGAAGUCGGGUAACUACAGUCUGUUGAAUAUGGGUUGCUUCGAGGCGUCUGCCACCGCCAAGGAGGGUGGCAAAGGUGGCACCUUGGACAGGAAGUCGGGUAACUACAGUCUGUUGAAUAUGGGUUGCUUCGAGCAGGCGUCUGCCACCGCCAAGGAGGGUGGCAAAGGUGGCACCUUGGACAGGAAGUCGGGUAACUACAGUCUGUUGAAUAUGGGUUGCUUCGAGCAGGCGUCUGCCACCGCCAAGGAGGGUGGCAAAGGUGGCACCUUGGACAGGAAGUCGGGUAACUACAGUCUGUUGAAUAUGGGUUGCUUCGAGCAGGCGUCUGCCACCGCCAAGGAGGGUGGCAAAGGUGGCACCUUGGACAGGAAGUCGGGUAACUACAGUCUGUUGAAUAUGGGUUGCUUCGAGCAGGCGUCUGCCACCGCCAAGGAGGGUGGCAAAGGUGGCACCUUGGACAGGAAGUCGGGUAACUACAGUCUGUUGAAUAUGGGUUGCUUCGAGCAGGCGGCUGCCACCGCCAAGGAGGGUGGCAAAGGUGGCACCUUGGACAGGAAGUCGGGUAACUACAGUCUGUUGAAUAUGGGUUGCUUCGAGCAGGCGGCUGCCACCGCCAAGGAGGGUGGCAAAGGUGGCACCUUGGACAGGAAGUCGGGUAACUACAGUCUGUUGAAUAUGGGUUGCUUCGAGCAGGCGUCUGCCACCGCCAAGGAGGGUGGCAAAGGUGGCACCUUGGACAGGAAGUCGGGUAACUACAGUCUGUUGAAUAUGGGUUGCUUCGAGCAGGCGUCUGCCACCGCCAAGGAGGGUGGCAAAGGUGGCACCUUGGACAGGAAGUCGGGUAACUACAGUCUGUUGAAUAUGGGUUGCUUCGAGCAGGCGUCUGCCACCGCCAAGGAGGGUGGCAAAGGUGGCACCUUGGACAGGAAGUCGGGUAACUACAGUCUGUUGAAUAUGGGUUGCUUCGAGCAGGCGGCUGCCACCGCCAAGGAGGGUGGCAAAGGUGGCACCUUGGACAGGAAGUCGGGUAACUACAGUCUGUUGAAUAUGGGUUGCUUCGAGCAGGCGUCUGCCACCGCCAAGGAGGGUGGCAAAGGUGGCACCUUGGACAGGAAGUCGGGUAACUACAGUCUGUUGAAUAUGGGUUGCUUCGAGCAGGCGUCUGCCACCGCCAAGGAGGGUGGCAAAGGUGGCACCUUGGACAGGAAGUCGGUUCCAGAGAAGGAGAAGGAGAAGGAGAAGGAGAGGGAGAGGGAGAAGGAGGAGAGCAAGGAGAGGAGCGUGGAGCGCGACGCGGAGGGGCAGCUGCAGCACAUCGAGGCGUUCCACUUCCUGCAGUGGCUGCAGAAGGAGCCGCAGUCGAUGGUGUGGCUGCCGGUGUUGCAGCGGCUGGCGGCGGCGGAGGGCGCGCGCCACCAGGCCAAGUGCAACAUCUGCAAGGACUACCCCAUCCUCGGCUUCAGGUACCGAUGCCUGAAGUGCUUCAACUUCGACAUGUGCCAGAAGCCUCUGUCUCUUUUUCCCGGCAGGCACAACAUCCGGAGAGGACGUGCGGGACUUCACGCGUGCGCUGCGCAACAAAUUCAAAUCGGCGAGAUACUUCAAGAAGCAUCCGAGAGUCGGAUAUCUGCCCGUCCAGACUGUUCUGGAAGGCGACGCGCUGGAGUCGCCCGCGCCCUCGCCGCAGCACGCGGGGGGCGUCGGCGGGGUGGGGGCGGGGGCGGAGCGGGGGGAGCGGGCGACGACAUGCACUCGCGCCUCGAGCUCUACGCCACUCGGCUGGCGCAGGUCGAGCUGGGCGCACGCGCCGCGGACACGCCCGACAGCGACGAGGAGCACCAGCUGAUCGCGCAGUACUGCGCGUCGCUGAACGGCGGCGAGGCGGGCGAGGCGGGCGAGGCGCCGCGCUCGCCCGUGCACGUGGUCUCCGUCAUCCACCGCGAGCAGCGCCACGAGCUCGAGGCCAUGAUCCGCGAGCUGGAGGAGGAAAACGCCAGCCUGCAAGCAGAGUACGAGCGCCUGAAGGCGAAGCAGACUCCUGGAUCCACGCCCGAGGAGCAGCACGCCCUCGCAGAGAACAGGAACGCGCCCGUGGACCAGGAGAUGAUGGCGGAGGCGCGGCUGCUGCGCCAGCACAAGGGCCGCCUCGAGGCCAGGAUGCACAUCCUGGAGGAGCACAACCGCCAGCUCGAGGCGCAGCUGCAGCGCCUGCGCACGCUGCUCGACGACCCGCAGGGCUCGGCGGGCGCGCGCACCGGCACGCUGCAGACGCGCUCCGUGACGGCCUCGCAGCUGGCGACAGACUCGCCCGCCAAAAUGCACAACGGCCUCUACCACGAGCACAACAAUGGCGGUCGGGGCGAGCGCGAGCCGAUGGAGCGGCCGCCGCCUCCGCCGCACAGCGUGCAUUCGCUCAUGCACUGCGCAGACGACCUCGGGCGCGCCGUUGAGGAGCUGGUGUCGGUGAUGACGGACGACCAGACCAACCAGGCGUCCAACUCGCCGCCGGGAUACACCAACGGGAAGCCGGCGGAGCCCAAGGACAGGGCCGGCCAGCUGACGAGCAGUUGGCCCUCGCAGGACUCCAAUAGGGUCCGUGCAAGGGUCCGAUCCUGCGGCGGCCAUGCGGAGCUAGACGCGCGCGUUUACCUCCUAAUGGCCGAAAGUCCGCCUGACAAAGAUCGUCGUAUGCAACGCUUAUUGUAU